AUGGCGUCUCCUGGCAGCACAAGCGAAUCGUUCCCGGAAAGCAACGGUUCGGUUUGUCUGGCGGAAGCGGAAACCAAUUAUAGCUCCGGGAUGUCAUCCCCAGCCAAUGUUGCCGCUGCUGCCGCCGCCGUCGCCGCUUUGCAGUCGUCGCAGCAUGCGGAGGCGAACGACCUCGCUUUGGCUAACCCUGAAAAAUUGCCGUGUAAAUUUCAGCGCAAAUCUCCUGUAACAGUAGGCAUGAAGAAUUUAACUGUUGACAACGGAACCUCAUUAUCGCCCUCGUCGGCGCAGUCGUCUGAUAUUGUUGCUACUCCGAAUCUCACGCAUUGUUACCUGUGUGUAAAGACGUACGAUCAGCCGAAGGUUCUGGCCUGUUUCCAUACGUUCUGCAAAGCUUGUCUUGAGAAGUUAGUCGAUUCGCCCGGUAAAAUCAUCUGUCCGCUGUGCGGCGCCGAGACCCAGCUGUGCGCUGACCAGGGUGUCGACUCGCUGUUGUGCGACUACGCGUUGGCCAACCUGCAGGAGCAGAGCAAGUCGAUGGGUGAUAAGAUACGUGGAGAGGACCCAUUGCAGGAUCAGUGCGACCAACCUUGUGGUCAGUGCUAUGCCGCUGCUGCUGCCACAGGAACACAAAGCUCCACCACCACGAGUUCGUUCAGUUGCACCGGAUGCAAGAGCAAAGAAAGCGUUGCUGUGGCGCGCUGCUUCGAUUGCUCAAACUUCCUGUGCGCCAACUGCGUGAUGGCCCAUCAGUUCAUGCACUGUUUCGAGGGUCAUCGUGUCAUCGAGCUGUCGCAAAUGUCGGUGUCUGAUGGCGCAGGCGAGCCAGAAGCCGCUGACCGUCCGGUGAAAUGUCUGCAACACCAUCAGGAGAAUAUGCAUUUUUUCUGCUUGUCAUGCAACAUCCCCAUUUGCAAAGAGUGCACGUUGAAGGACCACCCGCGAGACACACAUCACUUCGAGAAGAUCAGCGAAAUUGGAUCGCAGCAGAAAAAAUAUAUGCAGAAAAUGCUUGAAGAAGCACACGUGAAACAACGAAACUUUUCUGAAACUUUCAAGCGGUUGGAUGAUGCCGGUCAGCGGUUACAGAUUGCGUUCCACAAGGCACAACAGGACAUCGCCGAAACGAGCAAUCUCUUGCAACAGAUGGUCAUCGAACAGCGACAACAUGCAUUAAAGGAUCUGGAGAAUGCUUACCACAAUAAGCAGGUAAUAACUCUCGAUGAAGUUGUAUCAUGGCUCUGUUUCAGUCAUAUUGUAUCUCGUCACUGAAU